CAACACGCGCUCUUUGGCAUGCGCAUGUUUCAUUUCCGUUUCCCGUUAGUCUGAGCGCUGCGCUGUCAGGGCGAAAAUGGCUGCUCUAUUUUCCUGUUGUUUGGGGUGUUGCGGAGACGGUGGUUCUGGGCAUGUUCCUCUUAAAGAAAUGCCUGCAGUCCAGUUAGACACGCAUCAUAUGGGCACAGAUGUCGUGAUCGUUAAAAGCGGGAGAAGAAUCUGUGGCACUGGCGGCUGUCUGGCCAACGCGCCUCUCCAUCAGAAUAAGAGCUACUUCGAAUUUAAGAUCCAGUCCACAGGUGUGUGGGGUGUGGGCGUGGCCACUCAGAAGGCAAACCUGAACCAGAUCCCCAUGGGCCGGGACAUGCACAGCCUGGUGCUGAGGCACGACGGGUCUGUGUACCACAACAACGAGGAGAAGAACCGCCUGCCCGCCAACAGCCUGCCACAGGAGGGCGAUAUAGUGGGCAUCACAUACGACCACGUGGAGAUGAACUUGUAUUUAAACGGGAAGAACAUGCUCUGCCCCGCCUCAGGAAUCCGGGGAACUGUUCUCCCCGUGGUAUAUGUGGACGACAGCGCCAUACUGGACUGCCAGUUCUCUGACUUCUACCACACCCCGCCGGCGGGCUUCGAGAAGAUCCUGUUUGAGCAGCAAAUCUUCUGAGCGGCUCUCCCUGCUGCCCAGGGAGUGCUGAGCCCCCCCUCGCCCCCCCCCUUCAGCACCCCGCUAUUCCCGCUCACCCGGACCCUGCAGUGUUGUGGCCCCCGCCAGCUCGUCUGGUUCUAGUCCGAGUGUUCUUUUCCGUGAGUGCGCGUGUCCGUUUCCAGCUGGAGAGCAAAAAAACCGGUAUUGCUUUCGCCGUUACCCACCUCCCUCUGCACCUCUUCUUUUUUUCUUUUUUUUUCCCCCCAUCGCUUUAUUUUGGGGAAAAAAAGGUAGUGAGAGCUGCAGCUGGUGUGUAAAACACUCAGAAGCUUCUUUAAGGCUACGGUGACAUCACUUUGUGUGUGUCUAGGAACGGGAAUCGUCCCUUUUAUUGAUCUUGCACUGAAGGCCAGUUUCCCCCCCCGUUUUUUUUUUUACUUUCUCCUGAAAACACAUAAUAUAUGCUGCAGAUGCAGCUUGAAUGCAUUGUAAAACUUCUGAGUCAUUUCCCCCCCACCCAAACAGAUGUGGGUGUACACUAGUCUUAAAACACUAUUUGGCUAAAGUGCAUUUUGGAAAUGCUAAAUUCUGCCAUGUGAUGCACUGUCCUUGGGUAUUUAAUAUAAAAAUUGUAGGCAGUUUAUUAAAUGUAAUUAUAUAUUUAUAGUAUACGUUAUAUCAUGUAUAAAUUCAUUUUUGAUUGAGCUGACUUUCUUUGUGGCAUAAUUUUGAAACCAAAACGCUACUUAAUGACUAUAUUUGUAUGUUUGCAAAAAUACAGCCUAGCAGUAACGGUCAAAUGUUUGCAAAUUCGCUGUUCACUGUUUGAUUUUAUGAAUUCAGGGACCUAUAAGAAUUUGAACGAGUUUAUUGAACAAAUGUCCUCUAUCUUAUGACAUGUUAUUUAACCUCAGACCAGAAUUAAGUAUUGCAGUUGCCAGUGUUUUGUUUGUACAGAUGGAAUGUUGAAUAUUGGGGGGAAAGCUAUUCUUGAUUGUUUUUUGUUUCUGCACUAAAAUAAAAUUACUUGUCUCUGGA